UCUCUCUGUGUGUGUGUGUGUGUGUGUGUGUGUGUGUGUGUGUGUGUUAGUUAUUGUGUUAUUAUGUGUGUGUUGAAUCCGUUAGCUAAUUUAACCACAGUGGUCUGAACCUGAAAGGCAGUUAAACUGACUAGUGUUUUACUUUAGAAGGACAUUUAGGUUGUGUGUGUGUUAUUGUGUGUGUGUUAUUGUGUGUUGUGUGUGUGUUAUUGUGUGUUGUGUGUGUGUGUGUUGAAUACGUUAGCUUAUUUAACCACAGUGGUCUGAACCUGAAAGGCAACUAAACUAACUAGUGUUUUAGUUUGGGAGGACGUUUAGGUUGUGUGUGUGUGUGUGUGUGUGUGUGUGUGUGUGUGUGUGUGUGUGUGUGUGUGUGUGUGUAAUGUUAUUAGGGCUCGAGUUUACAGUGAUUGUGUGCAUUAUAAACAUUUCUCUUUAACCGCUGGACUGAUUGUUUUUAAUGUUCACAGCGUACUUAAAGGAAAGACAACCUGUAGCCAUUCGCGCCUGGUCGUAUUUAAUAAUAUUUAAUAAUAAAGUUUUAUGUAUUUUUAAUACAUUUCUAAAUAAGUGUGCUUGUGUGCGUUAGGUUUUUUUUUUUUUUUUGUUUGUUUUUUUUUUUUUUUUUUAUGUCGUAUGUUUUUAGCACGCAGACACUGUUAGUUUGGUGAACCCUAGAGAACGACCGUGUGCAUAUUGAUUGGUUGAUGUGGCCUCUGACAGAGAGGUGCAGGUGAAACUGAGGCUUGUGUAACAGCAAUUUUAGUCUGUAGUGUGAGACAGAGGAAAGGUCCAGCUCUGGCCCAGUCCGAGAAGCCCACUGAGAACCCAAUGCUGGAUCUGGAGGUGGUUCCUGAGCGCUCUUUGGGAAAUGAACAAUGGGAAUUCGCAUUAGGAAUGCCAUUGGCCCAGGCCAUUUCCAUCUUGCAAAAGCACUGCCGUAUUAUCAAGAAUGUUCAGGUGCUCUACAGCGAACAAAUGCCACUAAGUCACGACCUCAUACUCAACUUGACUCAGGAUGGAAUUAAACUGCUGUUUGAUGCCUGCAAUCAGAGACUGAAGGUUAUUGAAGCGUAUGACCUGAGCAAGGUGAAAUUGAAAUACUGUGGAGUACAUUUUAACUCUCAGGCAAUAGCACCCACCAUAGAGCAGAUUGACCAGUCUUUUGGCGCUACUCAUCCAGGAGUGUACAAUGCUGCAGAACAGCUAUUCCAUCUGAACUUUCGAGGCCUCUCGUUCUCCUUCCAGUUAGACUCAUGGAGCGAAGCCCCAAAAUACGAGAUUCCUCAUGGAGCGACCGUGAAGAGGAUGUAUAUUUACACUGGAAAUAACCUUCAAGAAACCAAAGCCCCUGGGAUGCCCCAGGCCUGUUUUCUCGGUAAUGUGUAUGCAGAGUGUGUUGAUGUUCUGAGGGAUGCAACAGGGCCUUUGGGUCUCAAACUGCGGAUCCUCACUGCAGGCUGUGGUCCAGGCAUGUUGGCUGAUGCCAAAGUGAGGGCAGUGGAAAGAAACAUCUACUUUGGUGAUUCGUGUCAGGAUGUACUGAGUGCUCUGGGCUCCCCACAUAAGAUUUUCUACAAGUCUGAAGACAAGAUGAAGAUCCAUUCUCCUUCUCCACACAAGCAAGUCCCAUCCAAGUGUAAUGACUACUUCUUCAACUACUUUACCCUGGGAGUGGACAUACUGUUUGACUCCGCAACCCACCUGGUGAAGAAGUUUGUUCUGCACACUAAUUACCCCGGACAUUACAAUUUCAACAUAUACCAUCGAUGUGAUUUUAAGAUUCCACUCAUUAUUAAAAAAGAUGGACCUGAUGCUCAGGAGGAAGAUUGUAUCCUCACCACCUACAGCAAGUGGGAUCAUAUCCAGGAGUUAUUGGGACACCCUAUGGAGAAACCAGUGGUGCUUCAUAGAUCAUCAUCCGCUAAUAACACCAAUCCCUUCGGAUCGACGUUCUGCUACGGGCUACAGAGGAUGAUCUUUGAGGUGAUGCAGAAUAACUACAUAGCAUCAGUGACCCUGUAUGGAGCCCCUCGCCCUGCCGGCCUUCCACGUGCCGAGCCAAGCGCUCACUGAGAUUCCCGUCCUGCCCAGUAGGGCCCACCAGCGCCGUGUGCCUUCCCUCACUGCUGCCAUCACACAAGCUAGAGAGCCACAUGUUGGGAGUUCCCCAGCUAUCCUCCAACAGCCUUCUGCACACCAGGAUGGGUGUCCCUCUUUGACCCUCUUUAUUAAAAACACAAACAAACAAAACCCCUCACACACAACAGACUGCAUUGCUCCUUCUCCCUUCCACCUCCAUCUGUGUCAGCACAAACACACACAGACACAUUUUAACUUUUACAUUAAUAAGCAUUGUGCACACAUUUACAAUGAAUCUAUUAUUUUAUAUUUCUAAAUUUGUCCCACAAAAGACACAUCACAGGAUGGAUUUGUCCUGCAUUUCAUCACCCGUUAAUUUACUGCACAUCACACACUCUUUAGACGCAUUUUCAGUUCAUUUCAGUACAGCAGUGAUGGCACACACAGCUCACAGAUAAACACAUGGCUAACUGGCAUCUACUGCAUGAAUACAGUGUUGCUUAUGGAUUGUUUUGUUGUUUUAUAAAUUUGAACUGAUUGAUGUACAUUAUUACAAGCACAAAUUAGCUGUGCAGUUGAUGAGUAUGUUAGUGCUAUGAAUGUUUUCUUGGCACAGGAGGCAACACUUUCUCCCAUAGAGAUACAAAUGUACACAAGUCAAGUACACAGCAUGGAUCUUCUCCCAAGCUUCAGCUUUAAAUUCAGUUUGCUGCCGAUCAUCAUUGUGUGCUGUUUUAAGGUGAAGCAUUGUGGGUUUUUUUUUUUUUUUUUACAUUUGCACUAAAUAUGCAUCGUAUUUACUUGACAAUUGAUGUCUUCACUUCUUUAAACUGAGGACUGUUGGGAUUAUUGAGUGUGGGAUGGAGAGAUUAUGUGAGAGUAGAGGAGGGCAGAGAAUUAUUGAUUUUCAAGCUGUUAAUGCAGCCCUCUGGACUUCCUGAUCUCACAAGUUUUGUUCCCGCUACUUAACACUCUCUUUUACACUGUUUGUGGAUUUGAUCUCAUAAUUUGUCAACUAUCUCAAUUCUUGAUCCUUUUUUUAAUUGCCAAACAUUUGCCAAAGAAGGAAGAAUAAUAGAUUGAUCAUAUUAACUUACAAAAAAGUUGUUGUGUAGGAUAUUCCCCAGAAAUAUUUCUUGUUCUAAUUAUAUACUCUUGUACUGUUAUUUUAAGGUAUUUUAGCAUUAGAUAUCCUAUCCUCUUUUGCUCUGUGCUUUUCUCCUGGUUUCUGUUCUACAGAAAGGUCUGGUGCUGUUUCUAUACCAGACAGAAGUGAGGUUUUCCACAGCACUUUGCUGCUGUGCUUGUUUAUGUACAGAUGUGUAAAUAGUGUACUUUAAAAGUCUUGUCCUUUUAAGCUCAUGGUACCAUGUGGGUUCAGAUCAAGUUGAACCUGAGUUUUCAGACCCAAGUGGUUCAGAUGGACAGUGAAGCAGCAGUGUAGCAGCAGACGAAGUCAGACGAUUGCAGUGCUUUUAGUAUUCCACAUUUUGUCUAAAUAAUUUCUAGUUUCCCAGCACUUGGUGGUACUUCCCUUGCUAAAUAAAACCUUGACCUCAUCAUUUUAGUACCAGGUAUAGAGUUGUGUUUAACGAGGGAAGUCAGUAAACCAUGCUGCAGACCUCUGUUUUAAAAGUUUAAUGCUGAGCCCCAGAGCCAGAUGCUUGUAGAUGGAAAUGUGUGGUGAUAUUUUCUUCUGUAGCAGGAACAUCAGCUAACACUGAACAAAUCUUUGCGGCUCAGGCUUCAGUACAUGAUGCAGGCGUAUAUGAGCAUUGAUCAGUUUCACAGAUCAGUACGGCUGUGGUUCAUGGUCAUGUUUUUCCCCCUUGCAUACAGCAAGUUCCACAUUAAUGGGAAAAUAAACUAAACCGCUGUUAGGGCUGUCAUCUCCCAUAGAGCUUGACUUGAGUGUAAAGGAAAUUAUUUAAACUGCUUUGUGUAUGAUUGAUUGAGCAUGUACAACUCUAAAACCAGUGAACUGUCUGUUAGUCAUUUUGCAGCAAAAAAAGAGCCCUACAUGAUUAUGUAUGAAAGGAGAAAUGUCAUGAAGGGCUGAGGAUAUCAAGUCACAAAUUAAAGUUCAAAAGUACUUCGGUACUGCUAUGUAAAUUUAGUUUACCUGUAAUGAAACAUUUUUCCAUUCGUUCAGUUCUCCAUGACUCGACAUUCACUCUGAUGGUUGUGAUGUUUCUACAGAACCAAACACGCACUUUCAUAGAAUCUAUUCAAUGUUCUUUUGAAUAGCUUUUACAUUCAUACGAGGGUAUUUUUUUACAUGCACAACUGGAGUCUCAAGUUCAGACGUUCAUCCAGGAAAUUCUGAAAAGAAGCAGCACAACCACUCAGUCAUACAAAUGUAAAAAUAUCAGGAGAGAGUAGUUGGAUGGGCCGAUUGGCUGCCCGAUCUCAGGUGGAUCAUUUUAAAGCCGGGAGCAAGUGAAUGCUUCGUUUUCAUCAACAUUCUUGCUUAUUUCCUGUUUUUGAUUUUAUGCUAACGUUGCAUUGGAAUGAUUCAGAAAUGGAAAUUCUGUUCAUUGUAAUGCAUGUUUAAAUGCUAUGUAUUGUGUUCCUGACAUGUUGUAUGUUUUCACCCCAUCCUCAGUAAUGUUUUUUUUUUUUAUUCAGUAUAUUUGGUCCAUUUCUGGAAAUGGGCUUCUUAAUUAAACAUUGUGAAUCAUUGCAAUGUUGUGUUAUGUAUUUUGCUUAGACUAUUGGUAUUUAUCAAGCAUAUAUUCUGUUGUUUUGUUUUUGUUCAUUUGUUUUUAAAGCAAUAACUAGCUGUGGUGAAUAAUUCAUUGAAAGGGCCAGCUAUAAGCUUGACAAGGCCUUUGAACCCAUGCAAAAAUGCUGUGACUAGUUUGUCUCUCGUCUAGUCUACUGAAAGCACGACAUUUGCAAUUUUGUAAACUGCAUUAACUUUUGCUCAUUAAACAUUGUUACAGUGUGUUCAGCAAGAAUAAUAUUUGAAGACUGGAUGUAAUAAAUAUGGGAAAAAUGGU